ACAUGUGCGAGUUUAUCAUGAAGACCAUCCUCAUCAUCACCAACGUGGUGGUGAUGGUGGCAGGUGCUAUCAUGUUGGUUGCUGGUGUCGUCUUCUUCACGAAAAAGUUCGACUUCUUCCCUGAACUAGAGGAUUACUCGACUAACGUCAAUUCUGUCCUGAUCCCGAUGAUGGUGAUCGGUGGUGUCCUAUUUCUAGUCGGAGUGGCAGGAUGUUUCGGAGCCGUCACUGGAAAGAGUGGACUUCUCAACAUUUACUUUAUCGUCGUGCUCGUCGUUCUUGUUCUUGAAAUCAUUGUCGUCAUUCUUGCUAUUGUGAAGAAACAAGCCUUCAUUGAUGCCACUGAGGAAGCUGCCGGUACACUGUUCAAAUCUUACAAAGAUAAAUUUGUGGACGAUGAUCAGUCAGUGGUGUUAACUGAUACUGAGAUUCUGGCUGUUAACUCAGCCCAGUUUAUUUUCCAAUGUUGUGGGUUAACUGAAGGUCCUAGCUACUGGAAAACAAACUCUCAGACCGAUGUCCCCCCUGGCUGUUGCAGUGAUUGGAACGGCGAGAAUAUACCUGACUCCAAACUAGAAAGCUGCGUUGAAGCUAAAAUGUAUCAAACUGGCUGCACUGAGAAGGUUAAAGAUUUGGCAGACCAAUUCGGUGUUACUACUUUAAUCAUCGUUGCUUCUGUGAUGGCUUUCGAAAUACUUUGUCUGAUUGCGGCUUGCUGCAGCAAGAAAAACGAUCACAUAGCUUAAAGAACUAGUAUUGGACUCACCAUCCAUACCAGCGAAAAGGAACUGAGCGGCCCUUAAGACAUCAAAGUUGAUUACUUGUCUUUUGGUAAUUUUUAUAUUUAGAAUCUUAUAUGAUUAUGUAGACAUGUUAAUCAUGAAAAUUUAGUUCCUACUGAUUAAGUACCAAUAUAUAUAACAAAUCGACUUAAAUUUGAGAACAUCUGACAUCGUAGAUAAUAGUAUGCCGAUUUACCGUACCUUUAAAUUUGUACCGAUGUUCAAGAUUAAGCAUUGUAAUGGUUCGUUUCUUUUCCAAAUUUAUUAAUAGAACCAUAUUUACUAAGCUUAGAUAAGAUGAAUAUUGAUUAUUUGGACAGUAACUUUAUAAUUUAAAUUUAAUUAAUGUCGUAUAUAAAUAAUUGUUACUCGAUCAAUAUUGAAUGAUCACUGUUAGAUAUAUAUAUUAAUAAUGAUAUAAAAGUAUGUUUUAGUUUACUCAAUCAAA